AUGUCGCUGCUCGCCGUCGGCGGGCGACUGGCCGUCGUGACCACGCGCCGCCCCGAGGCCGCCACGGUGAAGGCGUUCAUGAGGUCCCGCGAGAACCCGCACCCUCUGCUGGAGAGUGCCUCCAGCGCCCAGAGGCUCUCGGAGCUCUACCCGCUGCUGCAGGCGGACACGCCCUUCGCGGUGGUGCAGGCCUCGGAGCCGCUGUGGCCGUCGUCCGCGCUGGGCCAGCGCGGCCCGCGCUCGCUCGCCUGCCACGUGCUGCAGCGCACCAGGCGGCGGCAGCCGCAGGACCAGGAGGGCGGCGACGCGAGGCUGCCGGCGCGGGGCGCGGCUCAGCUGUUCUCGCAGCCGCGGCCUCUGCCCUUCGGGGGCGGCGCGUGA